AUGUACCUGUUGGCGUCGAACAGAGCGACGGCCAGGCUGUUGCGUAGUGCUAAGAAUACAGCGUGCACUGUAUUUUCCUUGUGGAGAGCAAGUUCCUCAAUGAAUUUGAAGGAUGUUCUUGCUGACCUCAUCCCCAAGGAACAGUCCAGGAUCAAGGCAUUCAAACAGCAGCAUGGCAAAACAAUCAUUGGACAGAUUAGCAUUGACAUGGUGUAUGGUGGCAUGAGAGGAAUGAAGGGCUUGGUGUACGAGACAUCAGUACUGGAUCCGGAGGAGGGCAUCCGUUUCCGUGGCUACAGCAUCCCUGAGUGCCAGAAGCUUCUGACCAAAGCUGCAGGAGGAGAGGAGCCCCUUCCCGAAGGCCUGUUCUGGUUGCUCAUGACUGGAGAAAUCCCCACAGAGGAGCAGGUCACAUGGGUGUCCCGGGAAUGGGCACGGAGGGCAGCCCUACCCUCCCAUGUGGUCACCAUGUUGGACAACUUCCCCAACAACCUGCACCCCAUGUCACAGCUGAGUGCUGCAAUCACAGCCCUCAGUAGUGAAAGCAGCUUCGCCCGAGCCUACUCAGAUGGAGUCAACAAGACCAGAUACUGGGAGUUUAUCUACGAGGACUCAAUGGACCUCAUUGCCAAGCUGCCUUGUGUGGCGUCAAAGAUCUACAGGAACCUGUACCGGGAGGGCAGCAGUAUCGGGGCCAUUGACUCUGACCUGGACUGGUCUCACAACUUCACUAACAUGCUGGGUUAUACACAACCUGAGUUCACUGAGCUGAUGAGAUUGUACCUUACCAUCCACAGUGACCAUGAGGGUGGGAAUGUAAGUGCACACACUUGCCACCUGGUGGGGAGUGCCCUCUCUGACCCCUACCUGUGCUUUGGGGCUGCUAUGAAUGGACUGGCUGGCCCUCUUCAUGGACUUGCCAAUCAGGAAGUGCUGAUCUGGCUGACUAACCUGCAGAAUGAGCUAGGUGAUGACGUGUCUGAUGAGAAGCUAAGGGACUUCAUCUGGAACACCCUUAACUCUGGCAGGGUGGUACCAGGAUAUGGCCAUGCCGUGCUGAGGAAAACUGACCCCCGUUACACCUGUCAAAGAGAGUUUGGUCUCAAGAACCUUCCCAAUGACCCCAUGUUCAAACUAGUGUCUCAGCUCUACAAGAUUGUGCCAGGUGUUCUCCUGGACCAGGGUAAAGCCAAGAAUCCCUGGCCCAACGUGGAUGCCCACAGUGGUGUCCUGCUUCAGUAUUAUGGAAUGAAGGAGAUGAAUUACUACACUGUGCUGUUUGGGGUGUCUCGAGCCCUCGGUGUGCUCUCUCAGCUGAUUUGGAGCCGCGCCCUGGGCUUCCCACUGGAGCGUCCCAAAUCCAUGAGCACAGAUGGUCUGAUCCAGCUAGUACAAAGCAAGUCAGAGUAA